AUGAAAAAUAAUUUUGAUUUUAGCGAUUAUAUUAGAUAAAUAUAAGAACAACCUUUCGUUGAUGUACUUAUAUAUUACAUUAUUAGAAUAAAAGUUAAUUUCUUCAUGUAGCAUUUUUAUCAUAUCAAGCAGGAGCUUCUAAUAAUAAUCCUAAGAUUUUAAAAAAAACAUUUUAUUUUAUUAAUUACAUUCACAACGCAUAUUAUAAUAAGAACAUAUCAUUUGAAGAAAUAUAAUAGUUAUAUAACGGUUACAUAAAUGAUAAUCAAUAAAUUGAUCAAGAAGUUCCAGAUGCUAUUUUAGAAAAUAGUUCAGAUUUUUAAUCAUUUUAUUCAUCAGUUAUUAUAAGAAAGAGAGAGCAAACAAUAAAUGAAAAAAUACCUGAAAAUCAAAAUAAACAAUAAGAAUAAGUAUAGUAAUAAAUUUCAAAAGAAUAGAAUAAAAAAAAAAUAAAAAUAGAGGAACUAAAAAAAGAGAAUUUUAUUUAAUAAUAAGCUUAAUAGAAAAAUACUUAAUUGAUAAAUGAAAAUGAUGCUUUAAUGAUAGAUAAUUCCAUAAAUUAAAAUAAUUAAUAAUAAGCUGAUAUUUCUAUACCAAAAAUAAAAGAUAUUUAUUAUCUUUCAAUUGAUCAAUCAUAAAUAUUAAAGAAACAAUAGUAUGAAGAAUACAGAAAAAAAGAGAAUGAAAAAUCUAUGAUUUUUUAAGUAAGAAAUUAGUAAAGUUAAAUUGAAUAAAGUUCAUAAUGUAGUAUUUGUUUAGAGUAUGUGUAAUUCAAUAAGUAUGAACUUACAUCUUGCUAACAUAUUUUUCACAAAUAAUGUUUAGAAAAUUUGAUAAAAUCAUAGGAUGAUCUUCCUAUUAAAUGUCCUAAUUUAGAUUGUCGAUAAGAAAUUUUGAGAGAUGACUUAGAAAACUUAACAACAAAAUUUUUAAUGGAUAGAUUGGAUAAAUUUGCUUUUAACUAAUAUUUAUUAAAAAAUCCAAAUAUUUUUUAAUGUCCUACUUAAAAUUGUAAAGGUUUGUAUGAAAUAGAAGGUCCUCUUCAAGUAUGCAUGUUAUGUUAAUAAAUAUUUUGUACUAAAUGCAGGAAGUUAUAUCAUGAAGGAAUAUGUGGAGAAGAAAGUUUUAUAAAUGUUGCUAGUGAAUAACAUUAUAGUUAAUGUUCAAGUUGCCAUAGAUGGAUAGAGAAAACUUUUGGGUGUAAUCAUAUAUCUUGUCCAUGUGGACAUGAAUUUUGUUAUGUAUGUGGUAAAUAGUGGAUAAAAGGGUAAGAAUGUAGAUGUAUAGAACUUCCAUAAUAAUAAUAAUAGUAAUAAUAAUAAUAAUAAUAAUAAUAAUAAUAGCCUGGAUAACUUAAUUAAAGGAAUGCUCGACAAAUAUAAGAUGGUUUCAAUUAUAUCUAAAAGAUCUUUAAUAAUAAUUACAAUUGGAAUAUCUAGCGUUAAACCACAGAAAUAACCAAAUCUCUAUAAGAAUUCGGAUUAACAUUUAUAUAAAAAUUGAUAAGAAGAUGA